AUGCAUCUAAUGGGUCUGGACGACUCCGUUGGCGUUGAGGAGAUUGCCGCUGCCAUUGCUAGCGCCGGGGAUUGCCAGGUCCAGGACGUUAAGGUGGGGGACGUUCGCAGGAAUCCUACCGGUGCGGGGGCUUGCUGGGUCCGCGCCCCAAUACGUGCGAUGAAGGCCAUCACCACCGCGGCGAAACUUAAAGUUGGCUGGGUGGUUGUUCGAGCUGAAUUGCUCAGACAGAGACAGCUGCGAUGCUUCCGCUGUCUAGAAGAGGGUCAUGUGCGCGCCCAGUGCACCAAAGCGGAGUGUCGCAGCGGUCUCUGCUAUCGUUGUGGGGAGAGCGGCCACAAGGUGGCCGCUCAUGCGCGUCUGCGCCGCGGUGUGCGGUGUGUGCCUCUAAAAAUAGGCCGGCAGACCACUGGGUGGGAGCGAAGAACUGUUCCCCGCCCAAGGGUAAAGGUGUCGGCAAAUGGUCAGGUCCCAAAGCCCCCAGCCGUGAGAGCGGGCCGAGCAGGAUGGAUUCCGCCCAAUAAGGGUGGCUCCAUCCAAAGCGAUCCGAGGUGGAGGGGUGCAUGGGCGUCUCAGAUCGCCGCAAGGGCCUGA